GUACUUUUAUUUUGAAAACUUUCUAACCGGAACCGGAGCAGCGAAGCUGCUAUUUCAAUUGUCAAGUGAUGUCGGUGAGCUUGCAAACUCGACUGCGAACCAGAAAAAGAACGAAUAGACUGCUACACAGUCUAGUUCAGUAGGUUCAGUACUCGACAUAGCUAACUAUCAACAUUUAAAGAUUUGCCCUGAUUUAAAAAAAAAAAUAGAAGGCGUGAAAGACGAGGUAAAAAAUGUCGAACGAAAUACUGUUCCGUACCCAGCUUGCUUCCAUAAUGGAGGUGCUGGCGAACGCGGCCGUGGAGGAAAUAUGCAAACUCGUGGACGAUGGAUACGCGGUUGUGCAUCUGCAAAUGUCGGAGUACCAAAAAGAGAACGAGGCUCUGAAGGUGGCUCUCCACCUUAUGGAGCUGAAGGCAGCGCGGGGUUGCGCAGAGAGAGCGAGAGCGCCAGAGAACCACCUGGAUCCGUAUUCGGACGGAGCUCUGACGUUGCGGGACAAGCCGAGAGGAACAUCCAAGGAGGGUCCUACUGUUGCCGGAAACAGGGUGCUUGGAAAUCCUGGAGACGUUUGUCCACAGGGUUUUCACCCGGCUGUGGAGGAGGGCAACCCAGUCACGACUUUCAGCUUGAAGCAGGUCGAGCCUGCGGGAGCAGAUAAUGACAGGAACACAUGCAUUCUAAUCAAGGAAGAAAUCCCAGAGGGAAGCAGCAAUGCCCACGCAGACAUGAAGAUCCCCGUGCAGGGAGCACUGGAUUCGGGCACUGGGGAGGAGGACGGGGUCCCUGCGCUGGGACUCGGGGUAUCGGCUGCAGAGUGCCCGCAGGAGCACCGGGCGGGGCGCGGGACCGCCGUUUGGGAGGUCAGUGGUGCGGAAGCCGUGCUUAGAUUACAGGCGGAGAACAUGGCCGCCCCGAGGCUGGGAGAGCGGGCCCCGCUGAGCGCGCGCGGGUCUCAGUGUUCCACCGCCGCGUUCCGCGCUCCCGGGCAGGCGCCCGCCCAGGCCCCGCCCCGCCCUUUCCGCGGAGCGGAGCUGCGGCCCGUCCCUAAAGAGCUCGCGGGGACCUGUGCGCGCCCGUCGCCUAGCGACCCGGAGCCGAGAGCAGACGGGGUGGUGAUGGACUCCGUUAAAGAGGAAUCUGUGACUCAGCUCCCCGAGUGGGACAAAGACCCAGCCCCGCUGCGCGCACGUCACCGUGACGACAGGGACGCGGAAGAGGCGCCGCCAGGGCCCGUUAACCCCUCUAGCCUCCCGCUCGUCUGGCCCGCCGGCGGGGAAAUCGCCACGGCGACCUGCGACUCGGACGCCGGCGGCCUGGACGGCCUCGUCGCCUGCGAGAGAGACUUCGGCUUCGCGGCCGGCUGCAACGGUUCGGCCAAGGAGAAGCGGUUCGUCUGCCGGUUCUGCGGGAAGGGCUUCACGCGGCUGAACGCUCUGGAGAUCCACCAGCGGGUGCACACCGGGGAGAAGCCCUUCCGCUGCGCGCAGUGCGGCAAGCGCUUCUCCGACUCCAGCAACCACCGGAGGCACCAGAGCGUGCACACGCGGGAGAGGCCGUUCAGCUGCACGCAGUGCGAGCGCAGCUUCUCCCACCACUACCAGCUCAAGGUGCACCAGCGGGUCCACACGGGGGACCGCCCCUUCUGCUGCGUGCACUGUGGGAAGAAGUUCGGCGAGCGGAGUUUCCUGAAAAUGCACCAACAGAGAGACCACGCCCCCCUGUAUGUCACAUGACCUGGAUUUAACAGUAUCCGCACCAUUGAGACAUCAGAGCACACCCAUCCGGGGUUUGUUUUCUUGGCAUAUGGACUUAUCUAGAGUGGCAUACAGAUGCAUUGUGGGACGGUUAUAUUCCAGCCCAGAGUGCAGAAGAUGGAUACUGAUAGGCCAGUAAUGCUUUACCAUGGGCAUGUAGGACGUGGAUGAAAAAUGAGCACAGCAGUGGGUUCAUUAACACCAAUGUGGCUCCUGGCUAGCCAUGGGCUGUGUGAGCUUCUGACGGUGUCAUAAGUGCUGUAUGAACUACCCAUCAUUGUUUGAUUCCUUACAUAUUUUAUAAAAUCCUAAUAUCAGCA